CAGAGGAUUUUGACCAAAACAGACGGCGACGACGCGGAGGCUGGGUGUAUGGCCGAAGCUGUGAAGCCGCACCGCCGGGCCAAGCCCAAGGCCGGCCGGACCAAAGGCAAGGAAAAGAAGAAGCAUGAAACCCUUCAGACAGAAGAGUGUGAUGAAGUCUCCCUACCAAAGAUGUCUAGAGAUCAGGAAAUUCCUUUUCCAGCUUUGGAGCUCAAAGGAGACCAUCUGAAGGUGUUAAUGGAUUCCCAGCCCCACAGUGAUGCCAGUGGACAGAACGAAAGUGAAAUGUUUGAUAUCCCACUCACCUCCUUGACAAUAGGUGAUGAAGGGUCCCUGAUAUGUGACACAGAGCCCCUGAAAGAAGAGGAAGAGGUUAGAGCCCAUGCCGGAGAUGAUGGCAUCAAGUUGAAGGUUGACCCGGAAGUCAAUGUUGGAGCUAAAGUUGAACUUUCCAAGAACUUUACAGAAGUAGAGGAAAACGCACUAGUACAGUAUGGAUCUUUGGAAAGCACACUGCAAUCUUAUCUUUCCUGUACUCAGCAGGAAAUGGAAAAUUUACAAGUCAGGGAAACUCAGAAUCAGAAAGAAGAUGAACAAACCCUUGGUUGUUCAAAAGUGCUUCAGAAUGCUAGCUUGCGCAGUUCUAACGAAGCCAAAGAAGUUUCUCAGCCACCUAGAGUGAAGACAUUGUAUCCCCAGUUGCCAGCUGAAAUUGCUGAAGUGCCAGCUUUGGUGGCAGGGAAACCCUUGCUUUGCAGUGAGCGACUCUACCCAGAGCUCCCACCUCAACCAGAGCUAGUACCAUUUACUAAAGAACAGCUCAAACUCUUGGAGCCUGGUUCAUGGCUGGAGAAUGUUGAGUUGUAUGUAGAAGAAUUUGACAGCAUUGCUCAUCAGGACAGGCAUGAAUUUUAUGAGUUGCUUCUGAACUACUCACGGUGUAGGAAGCAAUUGCUGUUGGCUGAGGCUGAGCUCCUUACUCUGACAUCUGAUUGCCAAAAUGCUAAAAGUCGACUGUGGCACUUUAAGGAGGAACAAAUGUCUCUACAGGGUAUCUGUGCAGAUCAAGUGAAAGUUUCUGGCCACCACCGCUACCAGAGAGUAGAGAUGAAUGAAAAUGCUCUGGGAGAGCUAAAGAAGCUCUUUGAUGCUAAAUCUGAGCACCUUCACCAGACCCUGGCUCUUCAUUCUUAUACUUCUGUGCUCUCAAGGUUACAAGUGGAGUCUUACAUCUACACAUUGCUCAAUAGCUCAGCUGUUCUGAGAUCUUUAGCAAUUUGUCAGCAAGACCGAGCUUCUAAAUCGACAGAAAGUAUUCCCUCUGAUCUGUGUCAGAUAAAGGAGUGCAUUAGUGUCUUGUUCAUGUUCACCAGGAGAGUGAAUGAAGAUACUCAGUUCCAUGGUGAUAUUCUUCUCUGGCUGCAGAAAUUGGUGUCAGUGUUGCAAAGAGUUGGCUGUCCUGGAGAUCAUCUCUUCCUCCUCAACCACAUUCUUCGGUGCCCAGCUGGUGUUAGUAAGUGGGCUGUUCCUUUCAUACAGAUCAAAGUGUUGAAUAACCCAUCAGGGGUCUUUCAUUUUAUGCAGUCCCUUGCCCUGCUGAUGUCUCCUGUCAACAAUCGAGCAGAAUUUCUGUGUCACAUGAAGCCCAGUGAGUGGAAGCUAUCAUCUUCGGGGCCUGCGUCUGGGACUUGGACACUUGUAGAUGAAGGGGGAGAAGAGGAUGAAGACCCAGAGACCAGUUGGAUUCUCCUUAAUGAAGAUGACUUGGUCAUCCUUUUGUCCCAGUUUCCUUUUCAUGAACUCUUUCAGCAUCUUCUUGGGUUUAAAGCAAAAGGUGAUUAUUUACCUGAAACAACAAGACCUCAAGAGAUGAUGAAAAUUUUUGCCUUUGCCAACUCAUUAGUGGAACUUCUGGCUGUGGGACUAGAAACUUUUAACAGGGCCCGUUACAGGCAGUUUGUGAAACGCAUUGGUUACAUGAUCAGGAUGACCCUCAGCUAUGUCAGUGACCACUGGGCGCAGUAUGUAAGCCAUAGCACAGGCCUGGGAUUAGCACUGCAGCCCUACUCCAUGGAGAAACUGCAGAUUGAAUUUGAUGAGCUGUUUCUGAGAGCUGUCCUACGUGUGCUGAAAGCUAAAAGACUUGGCAUUUGGCUGUUUAUGUCUGAAAUGCCCUUUGGGACGCUGUCUGUCCAGAUGCUAUGGAAACUCUUCUACCUCAUGCACCAGGUGGACAGUGGGGAUCUGCAGCAGCUCUGCUUCACCCUGCAGCCAGCUGAGUGCAAGAGGCAACUUCAAGAUCCAGAACACUUUGGGAACUUUGAGAAGUGUCUUUCUUCCAUGAACAGCUCAGAAGAGAUUUGCCUUCUAACUACAUUUGCUCAAAUGGCUCGGGCCAGAAUAACCAAUGUGGAUGAAGACUUCAUCAAAAUUAUUGUUCUGGAGAUAUAUGAGGUAUCUUAUGUCACCCGGUCUACCAGAGAGACCUUUUCAAAGGUUGGUCGAGAGCUUUUGGGGGCCAUCACAACUGUUCACCCUGAGAUAAUUUCUGUCCUUUUGGAGAGAGUACGAGAGACCAUUGACCAGGUUGGAAUGGUUUCUUUAUACUUGUUUAAAGAAUUGCCACUGUAUCUUUGGCGACCUUCUGACUGUGAGAUAGCUGUGAUUCGAGACUGGUUGUUGAACUACAGUCUGAUGGCAGUGAAGAAUAAGUUGGCCUGUGUGAUUCUAGAAGGACUGAAUUGGGGAUUUGCUGAACAGGGUAUCCUUCAUUUGGAUCAAACCGUUCACACUGAAGUAGCUUUAAUGGUUCUCGAGGCUUAUCAGAAGUAUCUUACACAAAAACCCUAUGCUGGGCUUAUUUCUGAAAGUGUGAAACAGGUUUCCUAUUUGGCUAGUAUUGUUCGAUAUGGAGAGACUCCUGAGACCUCAUUUAACCAGUGGGCCUGGAAUUUGAUCUUGAGGUUGAAACUACACAAAAAUGAUUAUGGAAUCCAGCAGACUUGUCCAGUUGUUCCGUUCUCCAGCACGGUACCUGACAUGACAGAAUCACCCACAUUUCAUCCUCUCUUGAAGGCUGUGAAAGCAGGCAUGCCCAUUGGUUGCUAUCUUGCCUUAGCUGUGACAACUGUGGGCCACAGCAUUGAGAAGUUCUGUGCAGAAGGCAUCUCGCUGCUGGGAAUUCUGGUCCAGUCAAGGCAUUUGAGAGCAGUGGUCCAUGUCCUGGAUAAGAUCCUACCUUUGUUCUACCCUUGCCAGUAUUACCUCCUGAAGAAUGAGCAGUUUUUGUCGCACCUCCUCCUCUUCCUACACUUGGAUAGUGGUGUACCUCAGGGUGUCACACAGCAAGUCACCCACAAGGUGGCGCAACAUCUGACAGGAGCCAGCCAUAGGGACAACGUGAAGCUUCUCAACAGCAUGAUCCAGGCACACAUAUCUGUAAGCACUCAACCUAAUGAAGUAGGUCCUGAGGCUGUGCUGGAGUUCUGGGUUCAGGCUCUCAUAAGCCAGCAUCUCUGGUACCGAGAACAACCCAUCCUCUUCCUCAUGGAUCACUUGUGCAAAACAGCUUUUCAGCUGAUGCAGGAAGAUUGUGUGCAGAAAUUACUCUACCAGCAGCACAAGAAUGCUUUAGGUUACCACUGUGACCGGAGUCUGCUUUCUUCCUUGGUGAGCUGGAUCGUAGCAGGCAACAUUACUCCUUCCUUCAUAGAGGGCUUGGCCAUGCCCACUCAGGUUUGGUUUGCAUGGACUGUGCUGAACAUGGAAUCCAUCUUUGAAGAGGACUCCCAGCUUCGAAGAGUUGUUGAAGGAGAAUUGGUUAUAAAUGCUGCUUUUACCCCUGACCAAGCUCUAAAGAAAGCCCAAGUCCAGCUGAAGCUGCCCAUUGUCCCAUCUCUGCAGAGGCUGUUGAUUUAUCGCUGGGCUCAUCAGGCUCUGGUCACACCUUCUGAUCAUCCUCUUCUGCCCCUCAUUUGGCAGAAGUUUUUCCUCCUGUAUCUUCAUCGCCCAGGACCACAAUAUGGGUUACCUAUAGAUGGUUGUAUUGGAAGAAGAUUUUUUCAAAGUCCUGCACAUAUCAAUUUAUUGAAAGACAUGAAGAGGCGUCUGACGGAGGUGGCUGACUUCCACCAUGCUGCAAGCAAAGCUCUUCGUGUUCCAGCAGAGGGCAGUGAAGAGACACCAGAGAGGCAGACUGGCACCCCUGGUUAUCUGACUUCGCCAGAACUACACAGGGAACUUGUAAGGCUCUUCAAUGUAUAUGUAUUAUGGCUUGAAGAUGAAAAUUUUCAGAAAGGAGAUACCUAUAUCCCUUCUCUACCAAAGCAUUAUGACAUUCACAGGCUAGCAAAAGUCAUGCAGAAUAAGCAGGAUCUAUGGAUGGAGUAUUUGAAUAUGGAGCGCAUACAUCAUGAGUUCCAGGAAACUGUUGGACUAUGGAUGCAGGCCAAGCUUGAGUCCCAUUCCAUGCCCUGUAGCUCUUCAGCACAGUUAGACUUCACUGAUCCUUUGUUGGCUAAAGAAAGGGUUUUAAGUAACUUACAGAAGCAUGAGCCUCCUCAUCCUCCCCUUGUUGUGCACCCCAUGAGGCCUCCUGUGCCACUUAUCUCCUCAGCUGUGCUGCUUAAUCAGAAGGAUACCACCCAGCUGGUGUGCGCAGACCUGAAUCUAUUGCAACAACAGGCCAGAACUGCAGCUCUUCGGGAAUCUCAGCAGGUUGCGCUGGAUGGUGAGUUGUUGGAGACAAUGCCCAAACAGUAUGUUAACCGAGAAGAACAGAUCACCAUGCAUUUGGAGUGCAAAGGCAGUGGUGGGAAGAAAUGCGAGGGAGCAGCAGUUGUAACAGUUCAGUUUGAAGGCAUGCAUAAGAAUGAAGCAGUGAGCCAGCAGCUUCAUGGUUUGCAGAAGGAAGUCAAGCAGCUACAAGCAGAAGCUGCUCAGCCACCGUCACUUAAUGUUGUGGAAGCCGCUGUGCAUGCAGAAAACUUGAUUACGGCCUUAGUGAAUGCUUAUAAGUUGCAGCCUACACCUGGGGUUCAGAAGGUUGGUAUUAGCCUUUUCUUUACUGUUGUGGAUUUUGUCAGCGAUGAGACCCAGCGUCAUCCUCCCACAAGGCAGUUCUUUACUUCAUGCAUUGAGAUCUUGGGACAGGUGUUUAUCAGCGGCACUAAAUCAGAAUGCAGAAAAGUACUUCAGACUGUUUUGAAGAACAGAAGGCUCUGCUCUCUCUUGUCUCCUUUCUUCACCCCCAAUGCUGCACCGGCCGAGUUCAUACAGCUGUAUGAGAAAGUGGUGAAGUUUCUGAGUGAGGACAACAGUGAUAUGAUUUUCAUGCUGCUCACCAAGUUUGAUCUUAAGCAAUGGUUGAAUGCCACUAAACCUCCUCUGUCUGACCGUACCAGGCUUCUGGAGUCCAUUCAUUUGGCACUUACUGCCUGGGGCCUUGAACCAGAUGAAGAUAUUUUGAUGCCAUUUAAUCUUUUCUGUAAGCACUGGACUUACCUUCUUCUCUACCAGUUCCCUGACCAGUAUAGCGAUGUUCUCAGGCUGUUGAUGCAAAGUUCUGCAGAGCAGCUGCUGAGUCCCGAGUGCUGGAAAGCCACUCUGAGAGCCCUGGGCUGCUGUGCCACCAGCAGCCAGCAGGGAGCAGCUUCUAUGGAGAGCACGGUGCUUCAGAGUGCCUCAGAGGUUCUCCUGUCUGACAAGCAGGUAAUGGAGACUAUACAGUGGCUUUCUGACUUUUUUUAUAAGCUUCGGUUAUCCAAGUUGGACUUUAGAAGCUUUGGUUUAUUCUCAAAAUGGAGUCCUUACAUGGCUGAUGUGAAGACGUUUUUGGGAUAUCUUGUGAAAAGACUGAUUGACUUAGAAAUGGCCUCCUUAGCCCAAGACCCAUCUGUCAGCAGCAAAGCAGUGCUGAGAUCUCUACAUUCACUGGUCAUUCAGCUGUUUAGACCAUGGAUCCUGGUUUUAGAGGACAGUGAAAGUAGCCAACAGCGACAUUACCCCUGGCUAGAGAGUGAUGCUGUGGUGGCCUCCAGCAUUGUGCAGCUGUUCACUGACUGUGUUGACUUACUGCAUGAGAAUUUUAAAGACAAGCUGUUGCCAGGUGAUGAAGGAGCCCUGCGGUUACACCUGAUGCAUUAUUGUGAAGCAUGCACAGCACCCAAGAUGCCAGAGUUCAUCCUGUUCGCUUUUCAUAGUGCAUACCAGAAACUCCAGUGGAAGGACCUGCAUCCUGAUCAGACACUCAUGGAGGCCUUCUUCAAGGUGGAACGAGGAAGCCCCAAGAGUUGUUUCUUGUUUUUAGGGUCUGUACUCUGUGAAGUCAACUGGGUUAGUGUGCUGUCGGAUACCUGGAACCCUAGUCCCCUCCCUGAAACCCAGAACAUGAUUGUCUGCCUCCUUUUCAUGAUGAUUUUACUGGGAAAGGAAGUUCAACUAGUAGACCAAAUGGAUUCCCCUUUAUUUAGUCUCCUUGGUCAGACAAGCUCACUCUCGUGGCAUCUUGUGGACAUUGUGUCGUACCAGAGCGUUCUGGGUUAUUUUAGCAGUCAUUACCCUCCAUCCAUUAUCCUGGGAAAAGAAUCUUCUGCUGAAUUGAUUGUGAAGCUCCUGAAAGUGUCUGCAGGACUUUCUAUUCCUACUGAUGGCCGGAAACAUCUUGAUAUAGUUCCAAAAUGCCAAGCUUUCACUCAUCAGAUGGUUCAGUUUCUCAGCACUCUGGAACAAAAUGGAAAAAUCACCUUCACAGUCCUAGAACAGGAAAUGUCUAAGCUCUUAGAUGAUAUCAUUGUCUUUAACCCACCUGAAAUGGAUAGGCAGACCCGCCACAUGGCACUCAGUAGCCUCUUCAUGGAAGUCCUGAUGAUGAUGAACAAUGCAACUAUUCCAACAGCAGAGUUUCUUGGUGGCAGUAUCCGGACCUGGAUUGGCCAAAAAGUGCAUGGACUGGUGGUUUUGCCCCUUUUAACAGCAGCCUGCCAAAGCCUGGCUUCAGUCCGCCACAUGGCAGAGACAACAGAAGCCUGUAUCGCUGCGUACUUCAAGGAAAGCUCCCUCAAUCAAAAUUUAGGAUGGGGCCCCAUUCUGGUGUCCCUUCAAGUUCCUGAGCUCACCAUAGAAGAGUUUCUGCAGGAGUGUCUAGCCUUGGGCAGCUACUUGACUCUCUAUGUCUACCUGCUUCAGUGCUUAAAUAGUGAACAAACUCUAAGGAACGAAAUGAAAGUUCUUCUCAUCCUAAGCAAGUGGCUGGAGCAGGUAUACCCAAGCUCUACACAGGAUGAGGCAAAGCUGUUUCUGUGGUGGCAUCAAGUCCUGCAACUGUCCCUGACUCAGAUGGAGCAGAAUGACUCAGUCCUUACAGAGUCUGUCAUCCGGAUCCUGCUCAUGCUCCAGAGCAGACAGAGCCUUGUGGCUGAGGAGAGGCUCAGCUCUGGGAUUCUAGGGGCAAUUGGGUUGGGCCGGAAGUCACCCUUGUCUAACAGGUUCCGAGUGGUUGCUCGAGGGAUGGCUGCCUUCCUGUCAGUUCAGGUGCCUACAGAAGACCAGAUUCGUCUGAAGCCUAGCUCUGAAAUAUAUCUGACUCCCAAAGCUCAGCAGGCACUGGCUGCUCUUGAAUCCAUGACACUGAGUAAGCAGUAUAUUGAAUACCAGGAUCAGAUAUUACAAGCUGCCCAGUUUAUAAAGCAUCCAGGCCAUUGUCUUCAAGAUGGGAAAGGCUGCUUGGCUCUUCUUGUUAACUAUCUCUAUCCAGAAGUGCAUUAUUUGGAUAACAUACGAUAGUGAUGCCAAAA